CCACUCUGAUAAUAAUAUGUCAACUAAACUUUCUUUUUACAAACAAAAUUACCGUUGCAUAAGACACAUGUCGUCAAUUAUAAUCCAAUAUGAAGAAAGAAAGAAUAUAAAACGAAAACUUUACUUUUCUUAUUUUUUUCCUAUUUUUCAAGAUGCUAGGAAGUAGCCAAAUCCAAAGCAUUGACUCUUCUUUAUCCAAUGUCUCACCCUUUGUCUUCAACUGUUCCUCAUCCUUCACCAAAAUCUCUCUCUCUCUCUCUUCUUAUAAGAAAAGAGCUAAAAAGCUUCCCUUCGUUUUACUAUAUCCAUGAUUCUGAAUUCCACACACACUGAGAGAGAUAGAGGGACACAUUAAAAGCUAAUUCAACUUUUCUGCAAUGGCUGAGAAGGAGAAGAAGAAGCAUUUACAUGAGUUUCUUGAAGAUGACCAAGAGCCUUUUCAUCUUAACCAUUACAUCGGCAACCUUCGUUCUCAGAUGGGUUGCUCCGAUAUGCGUGUCAAGAAGCGAAAGUCCGAUAACGUCGCCACGUUUCCUCCUGGUUUGUUCUCCUGCGAGAACUCUUGUUUCUUCGCAGCUCAUAAAUCUCCUGACCCGAGAAAGUCUCCACUCUUUGAGCUCCGGUCGCCGGGAAAGAAGAAGAUACGUGACGGUCGAGUUUUCCUUCAGAUACCGGCGAGAACCGCCGCAAUUCUCUUGGACGCAGCGGCGAGGAUUCAGAAGCAGCAGUCAGAGAAGGCUAAGACCAAUAAAGCUCGGACCAGAGGAAACGGGUUUGGUAUGUUCGGGUCUGUCUUGAAGCUGCUGACAUACCGUAUAACAAAACCGCGUUUGGAUAACGCUGAUGGAAACGCAGUUUCGUUGGAACGCGGGUCGGAACCGACGAGUAGUAGCCGGAGAGAGCGUAUCGUGGAGAUUAGUGAUAAAUGCUUUUGUGAAAGCCCUUUUCAUUUUGUUCUCCAAACAACUCCUUCUUCCUCCGGUCACCAGACUCCUCACUUUACAUCGACGGCCACUUCUCCGGCGCGACGCAGUACUGAGGACGAAGAUAGCGAUGAGACAGAGAGCUUAGAGAAAGUGAGAGGACAAGAAGAAGAAGAUAAAGAAGAGGAAGACAAGGAACAAUGUAGCCCUGUCUCUGUACUUGACCCUCUUGAGGAGGAGGAGGAGGACGAGGACCACCACCAACACGAGCCUGAUCCUCCCAAUAACCUCUCUUGCAGCUUUGAAAUUGUACAACGGGCUAAAAGGCGGUUACUCAAGAAGCUUCGUAGAUUCGAGAAGUUAGCGGGGCUGGAUCCUGUGGAGCUUGAAGGGAAAAUGUCGGAAGAAGAAGAUGAAGAAGAGGAAGAGUAUGAGGAGAGCGAGGAAGAUGAUAACAUUAGGAUUUACGAUUCAGAUGAAGAAUAUGAGGACGUGGAUGAAGCGAUGGCACGAGAGAGCAGAUGCGCGGAAGAUGAGAAGAGGAAGAAGAAUGAUGAGAGGCAAAAGAAGUGGAGGAUGAUGAAUGCAUGGAGGGUAGGGUUGGGAGCUGAGGAAGACGUGGACGCGGUGGUGCGGAAAGAUUUGAGAGAGGAGGCCGGAGAAUGGACAAGACACGGUGGAGAAGUGGAAGAGGCUGUGUCCGAUCUCGAGCACUCUAUCUUCUUCGUCUUGAUUGAUGAAUUUUCCCGCGAACUUGUCUCUUCUUUUCUAUGAACAAAUAAUGAAUUUUGUUAAGAGACACGAGAAAAAUUAGUAGAUUUUUAGAUAUCAUUGACUUGAUAAACCAGAAUAACCUUUAUAACGUUUACCCUGUGUUUUCUUAUCACUUAA